AUGUCGUCGAAAUUCCUCCUCCUCUUCGCCCUUCUCUUGACCAUGAGCCGGGCCCAAACGGUCGCUUCUGAACGUGCUCCCAAAGUCCUUUGUGACUUGUGUCAUAACGGACUUUCGGUGGUCCAAAGCCAACUGGUAGUGCUUGAAUCGCUCACAAAGAACAACUUGGGAGCCGUGGUCAAUGUAAACUUCACUCAUCGAUUUGGAAUAUUCACUCUUCCACUUUCAGACGGCGUGCUCGGCUGCUCCCACCAACAUUCCCAUCGUUAAGGCUCUUUGCACUGUGCUCAAGGACGAUCUUGUGGAGGCUCUUCUCACACUGGUUCAGGGAAUCAAGGAGCAAACAGAGCCAAAACUUCUCUGCGGAUAUCUCGGAGUUUGCGAGCGCAUUCGCUCCGUUUGA